AUGUUACCCGUACAGAAACCUGCCGGGACCAGUGAUGAUGAUCAGCCAGGGGAUCCCCCAUCAAACGAGCCUUUUUUGGUAAUCUCAGAGGAAGCCGCUCAGAAUACGCAACAUUGGCAUCACAUGUUUGAUUUGUUGAACACAGCUGAACCCAUUUUACCGGAGCUGUUUCGGGAUACUCAGGUUUUUAAGACCUCGGGCAACCUAUCCGGAUUGGCAACUCGCGAUCAGCUGCCCGAUGAGUUCUUCUAUCAAACCAAAGAGGAAGUGAAACGCUCGUUGGAACAACAGCAGCGCAUUAUUGAAGAAAGCGGAAUGCUUAUGACCAAGGCGAUGCGCCAGCGGCUGCGCGUGCAAGAAGUCCGCCUUAAAGUCCGAGCAUGGAUAACGGAUUGUUUCGCCAUCCCAAGCGUGGAAUAUCAGCUGUGGGCUCCUCCGGGCACAGUAGCUGCUUCCAGAUCAAAUCUUCCGCCAACUGCUCGGGCUGAACUCACUAAUGACGUCCUCACUCUUACCGAAUAUGGUUUGGCUCCGUGCAGUCUCAUCACCCUGUCCAUUCCACAGGCUUCUUCGACCGAUCAACCGGUCAACUUGCUACGACCUGACCUCUUGGCCAAUGCUACCUCGCUGUGA